AUCAACGCUGUCAACGCCGAUCUUCGGCAGAAGCAAAUUACUAUAUCUGCUCUUUUGUGUUCAAAUUCGAAAGUUACAAGUAAAUACAACCCACGGAUCUAAUAUCCGUGCGAGCAAUCUUAUCAUUGUAUUUCGGGCAUAAUCAGAUUCAUUGAAAUGUCAAUCAGAACCACUAUCGACUCGCCUUUGGCGAACGUCGCGUCGGAAAUCGAGGAACGUCGAUGCAAUCUACUCGGCCGCCGUAGAGAUCUCAGGAACAAAGUCACCACGAUGGAACGCUCCAUCCCAGCUUUAUUAGCGUACAACAUGUGGAUGGCCGAACAAGAUUGCCGUGACACACCGUAUCACAAAGUGCGAGAGAUCAUGAACAAGUUUUCACCGCAGCCGGAUCCCGCUGACAGACUCCUUGCCGAAUUGAGAAACACAGUCGAUGAUCUUCACCAGGAAACUGCACAGUUGCAUGAUAAGAUUAUAGACACGGAUGUACAAUUAGAGGAAGCUGGAAUGAAGCUGGAAUCCUUGGAACUGGCUAACAGGGAAAUGGAAGAGAAACUGAUGGGAUUGCAAAAUGAAGUGCGAAGACACAGUACACCCAGUCUACAUUCCAUCCAUUCCGAAGAUCUAAUAUGCCUGAAGAAAAUUCGUCAGCUUGCCGAAGAAGAAUUGAAGCUGAAGAACUGCAUUAAAGAAUUAGAAAGCAAAGAAAUCACUUAUAGACGACAUAUGGACAAGUUACUAUCCUGCAAGAAAUUCCAACGAGAUAGCAAAAAACUUAAAGAAUCCAUGACGAAAAACGUGCGAGAAUCGAAAGGAACUAGAAGAGAGCAAUAUUCGCUGGAAGAUCGCAAAUACAACGUAACAAGAAAAAAAUAUGCUCUUAAGGAUAAAGGACGAGCUUGUUGCACGUGUGCAACGUCCGUAACAUUAACCGGUUACGAGGAAACAUCAAAGAAAUUUGAAGCGUGUGAAGAAUUCUGUUCAUCACUUUCGUGCUGUGUUCCACUGGAUAGUCGCGCACCAUGUGCAACCACGAGUCAAUCGCGCGAUUGCAAAGCAUGUUACAAAUCUUGCAAACAGAUAUCCACUGCUAUAGUAAAAUCCAAGUCUCACUCGCCGAAAUCUCCUUGCGAAUCUUUAUUUGCUAUCACCUCGAAAACAGAUGUACCGCAAUCACUCAAACAAUUAACACUAUCUUCUGUACCAUGUAACCCUGGUAAAACAUGCAACGAAUGCAUGCAAACUCCUGCUGCUUGUAAACAAAUUAUUAGCUGCAAAUGCGAUUGUGAAGGAAAGUGCGCACGCAAAUUUUCGACUGCACCAUGUGAUUGUAGUAUAAAAUCGUUAGACAAGUCUUAUCGAUUGGCAACAUCAAGAAUGCUACGUUCUGGAUCGGAAGUAGAUGACAGUAACAGCGAUGAGGAAUUUUGCGAGUGUUGCUCUUGUGGUUGCGGAGGCAGCGAAACUUCAUCAUAGCAAUAUAAGAUCUUAAGAUUUAUCAAUUAAUAAAUGUUCGCUCUAAAGUUAUUUUAAAUAUUAUGCAAAUCUCUUUAUUUUAACACA